AUGACACAUCCGCACACGGCUCUGAGCUUCUUUCUUUAUCUUUUCGGCCUCAAGAAUCGUCAAAGGCAGAUACCAAUAUCCACAUCUAAUCAGGCAUACACACCCCCUCAAGAAAUUGCUUGGACACUUCAGCAGCAGGAAAAUCUCCCACCAUUCCCUCGCGAAAUGAAUACAUCACUCCCACCUUCUCUGCGAAGCAAGCUUGGCGGAAAGCGCGAUUGGACACUCAAACCCAGACAAGACCUCACGCCAGCAAUGAUCGGAUCACAGGAACCCAACAAAAUGCGAAUUGCACUGCUCAGUGUGACAGAAGCUGGCUUGGGUCGAGAGGUCUACUACGAUCGGGGUUAUGGCAAUGGUGAGCCAUUCGACUGGAACGAUUCGAGCGACAUUUUCCUCUUGAACGACUGGAGACGAGAGAAAAUUCGCAAAUACACACCUAGAGACUUGGUACAGAUAGAAGGCACAAAGGAUGUCGGAAAUCGUGUUAUCGAGAAUAAGGUUGUCAAGAAGCCAAGUGUUCCCAGGGCGACAAUGAAGCAGCCUCCAAAACCGCAGAUUGCCCAAAAUCAAACGUCGACUAGACUCCGAGAGCAUGUAGAGCCCAACAAAAAUAUUGAUGAGGAGUUUAUCACAAUAGUCGCCCGCAGCAGAGAGAUGGAGAAAUUCCGUGCUCAGAAGCGCAGAGCUGCACGCCAGACUUGCAAAUGGUCGUCGCCAGCACCCAUAGAGUUUCUUCCUAUCGAUCUCGAAAGACUUGAUAGCUUGACACCAAAGCAACAGCGACGCGAUCAGAACUCGCACGUCAAAAACUGGUUUGUUAUCUUUGAGAUGAUUGAGAGAUCUUUCGACCUACCGAGCCGGGAGAUUGGAGUCGAGUAUAAUCUCUGA